UCUGCUCAAACAAGUCUCUUCAUUCGCACGUGGUUUAGCCCGGUUUUCCGUACGUCUUCUAUCCCUUCCUUGCAGAAUCUUGCAGAUUUGAAACGGCUGAUGGUGAAGAGACAAGUGUAAAUUCGUUUUUGUAUUUUUUUCUUGUCAUCAACUUAAAAUGGCGCAAGAGCGUAACAUUCAUUACUAUCCGGAAUCCGUGACUUUUGGGUUUCACACUGCCCAUGAUAUAACUAAGAUCAGUGUAGUGGAAGUUACCCAAACUGAUACUUUCAAUGCACUUGGUCACCCAAUUACAAAUGGCUUGUAUGAUAUGAAGAUGGGGCCCUUUAGUAAUGAUGCUGGGAAAUGUCCUACAUGUAGCUUGGGGAUGUUGCACUGCCCAGGACACUUUGGUCACAUUGCUCUCCCGCUACCUUGCUAUCAUCCUCUGUUCUUACGAAAUGUGGUGGCAAUCAUGAAAAUGACCUGCCCUGUCUGCAAGACAUUUGCGAUCCCUGAGAAAGACAAACUGGUAUUGGUGGGUCAGCUCCAACUUCUCAAGUAUGGAUUGAUAAUAGAUGCACAUAAUUUGUGGCAAAAGGCAAAGCCCACUGUGGAAGAUUAUGAUGAAGAUGAGGGAAAGACAACACAGCUUAAUGAAGAACAACUCGAAGAACUGCGAUUGAAUAUUGAGGAGGAAAUCAAAAGGGCAAAAGAGGAUGCGGGGAUUACCUGUGGUGAUAAUCCUCCACCAACAAGGCAUGUGGAAAACAUGAAAAUGGAGUUUCUGAAACUCUUCAUGCUCAAGUUUAAAACCGGGAAGAAAAAGUGUGCUCAAGGCUGCAAAGGUGGAUUUGAAAGAAUCCAACAAUAUAGAUCUCGCAUUGUUUACUCUCUAAGGCAUGAUACACCCACAACUUCUUUAGGGGGGAACAUGAUGAUCAAUCCGGUUGAGUUCGAAGAAGAUUUGGAAGACGAAGAUGACGUAGAAGGUAAAACUCCAUCAAAGCAUAAAAGGAAGCCGAGGGCAACGAUGUAUGUUACCCCCAAAGAUGCAAGAGACCUGUUGCGACUAUUAUGGGAGAAUGACAAGGAAUUGUUCGGACAGAUGUACCCCGUCUUAUUCAAAACCAACAUUGAUUAUCCAACUGAUGUGUUUUUUCUUGAAGUAAUAUCGGUGAUGCCUUCAAAAUUUCGGCCCGUAAACAUCGUCGGAGGUAUAAUGAGUGAUAAUAAGCAGACAGCCGUCUUACGCAAAAUAGUGCAGGACACUUACGUAGUCAAGACUGCGCUUUUUUGCCAUGAGCAGAAAACCAUGGACAAUGUUCCCGAAGAUUCGAAGCGCUUCCUCAAAAGUUUGCAGGGAGAAACUCUUUUGGAGAAACUGCAAACAGCUUGGCAUGCACUCCAGGAAAAUGUCAACAUGAUAGUGGACGCGUCUAUGAAUAAAGAUGAUAAAAACAUGAUUGGUUUUAAACAGAUUUUGGAGAAAAAGGAAGGGUUAUUACGUAUGAACAUGAUGGGGAAAAGAGUUAAUUUUGCGGCUCGUUCCGUAAUCACACCCGAUCCCAAUUUGGACGUCGAAGAAGUCGGCGUUCCUGAUUGUUUUGCGAAAAGGUUAACGUUCCCCACCCCAGUAACAUCAUUCAACGUUUGUGAAAUGCGCGAUGCCGUGCGUAAUGGACCCAACGUUUGGCCUGGCGCAACGCACAUCGAAGAGAGCAAUGGGAAAAAAAUCAACCUGAACCCCAAUGACGAAAAAUCACGAGCGGCCAUUGCCAAAACCUUGCUAACCCCUUUCGAAGCUAGUUCUCAGGCGGCGGUUUAUGAGAAAGGCGGCAAAAUCCGUACUUUAUUCAAACCUAAAAUUGUGCAUCGUCAUUUGAAAACGGGCGAUAUAAUGCUUCUGAAUCGCCAGCCCACUCUGCACAAGCCCAGUAUGAUGGCUCAUAAAGCCAGGGUGCUGAUGGGGGAGAAGACCUUGCGGCUGCACUACGCAAAUUGCAAAGCAUACAACGCUGAUUUUGAUGGUGACGAAAUGAAUGCACAUUUUCCUCAGGGUGAAGUAGCUCGUUCUGAGGGAUACAACAUCGCGGCUGUACCGCAUCAGUACCUCGUGCCCAAAGAUGGAACUCCUCUAAGUGGGUUGAUCCAGGAUCAUAUGAUCGCAGGAGUGAAACUCACGAUGCGUGGACAAUUCUUUAACCGAACCGACUACCAGCAGCUAGUUUUUGCUGGCUUGGGCGGACGAGAAUAUGAUGGUAAAACUAAACUUUUGCCUCCCACGAUACUGAAGCCGGUCGCCCUGUGGUCGGGCAAACAAAUAUUGUCCACCGUUAUCAUCAAUCUGACCCCCAAAGGCAAAAAGUUGAUCAACAUGGAUUCUACAGCCAAGAUUAGCGUCAAGGACUGGCAAACAGUACCGGCAAGAAAAUGGGAGGGAGGUGGUACUGAACUACAAGGGAAUAGCAUGACGGAAAAUGAAGUUGUCAUCCAACAUGGAGAGCUGCUGGUUGGCGUACUGGACAAGAUGCAUUAUGGAGCCACUUCAUACAGUCUCGUCCAUUUGUUUAAUGAGCUUUAUGGAGGUCAGUAUUCGUGCCGACUUCUCUCGUGCUUCGCGCGCCUUUUCACGACAUACCUUCAGCUGAAAGGAUUCAGUUUGGGUGUCGAGGACAUCUUAGUAACUCCUCGGGCUGAUAAAAAGCGCAGAAAGAUUCUUAAGCGACUUGAAACGGUUGGAGAUGGUGUUGCUACUAAAGCUGUUGGUGUUACCCCUCAAGAGGUUGAGAAAAGUGGAAUGGAGAUUGUGAGGAAGAAAAUGCAAGAGAUACAUUUCAGCCAAAAUGCCCUUAAAAAAAUGGCCAUCGACAGAGAAUACAAGGGUGUCACUGAUCAAAUUAACAACGAAGUAAACAGGGCCUGCAUUCCUGGAGGAUUGCAUAAACUGUUUCCGGAUAACAACUUGGCGUUGAUGAUUCAGUCAGGCGCCAAAGGAUCUAGCGUUAACGCUAUGCAAAUUUCUUGCCUCUUAGGCCAAAUUGAAUUGGAAGGAAAACGGCCCCCUCUGAUGAUAUCAGGGCGUUCUCUGCCGUCUUUUGUCGCCUUCGACACAUCGCCUCGAGCAGGAGGCUUUAUCUCAGGUCGUUUUAUGACUGGCAUUCGUCCUCAAGAGUUUUUCUUCCAUUGCAUGGCCGGUCGUGAAGGUCUUAUCGAUACAGCUGUAAAAACGUCUCGAAGUGGAUACCUCCAGCGUUGUCUCGUAAAGCAUUUAGAAGGAGUGAGUGUUGCUUACGAUGGUACAGUGCGCGAUUCCGACGGACUUGUUCUGCAGUUUCUUUACGGGGAAGAUGGACUGGACAUUUGCAAAUCGCAAUUUCUCAACGACAAAGGCAUUCCGUUUCUGGUAGCCAACCGCGAUUGUGUCCGUUUGAUUGAACCAGUAUCCGAUGAGUCGGAGCAGAAAGAAGUGGAUCAUGCUAAAAAACUGGUGAGGCGUUGGCUUAAUAAGCAUGGAUCGCUAAGUAAAGAAAAGGUGCGAAAGUCUGGGUUUUUGAACUAUUCCUCCCAAUGUGGGAUCAAGGACGAUUUUGAAAAAGGGAAAAAUGGUCGCACUUUUACCGCCUUUGAAAUUGAACAGGCUUGGAUAGCGUUGUCUGCCGAAGAACGGGCGAAAUACUCCAAAAAGACUGAAAGCCCACCUGAUCCUGUAAACGCUAAAUUUUCCUUUACACGAAAUGUGGAUGUGUUUGACGAGCAGCUAAACACGAUGAUGUCGCGCUACCUUGAUCGUCCAGGCGUGCCCAUUGGAAAGAAAGAGCUGACGCGACUCGUUUACAAUAAAGCAGUUGCGGCCUCGUGCGAACCAGGGGAGCCGGUGGGAAUGUUGGCUGCCCAGUCGAUCGGUGAACCCUCAACCCAAAUGACCCUCAACACUUUCCACUUUGCCGGUCGUGGUGAGAUGAACGUGACGUUGGGUAUCCCUCGAUUGCGUGAAAUCCUUAUGGUGGCUGCUGCAAAUCUCCAAACUCCGUCGAUGGACAUUCCCAUAUUGGGUAAGGGACCUAAAGCCCUACGCAAAGCUGAAAAACUAAAACUCAAGCUGACUAGGGUUACGCUUGCCGAUGUCCUAGAGAACGUUUAUGUAACCGAGGGAUUGUCAAUCAACGAAGGUGAAAGGGCCAGGAUUUACGGACUUAAAUUUAAUUUCCUCCCGCAUGCCUCCUACAAGGAUCGUUUCUGCGUUAAACCAAAACAGGUUUUGCAUUACUUCGAAAAAACCUUUCUUCCGAGAAUUCUCCUGCCUAAUAUCAAGAAGGAAGCUGAAGCACAGGGAAAGCAAAGCCUUUUUGAGUGCAAAUCAGCUGUCCAACCUCGUAAAGCCAAUGUCAAAGAGGAUGGGGCAGAGGGUGCUGGUGAAGAUGGUGAAGCCACAGCCAAUGGUCGUGCAGAAAAAGAUGAUGAAGACGAUUUCGAUGAAGGUAGCAACGCAAAUGAUGAUGAUUUUGCGACACAACGCGCCAAGGACGCUGACGAGCAUGAAUAUGAGGAUGAAGAUGAAGCAGAUAAGGAACCUGUUAACGAAGACGGUUUUGAAGACGAGACUCCGAAACCUAAGGAGGAUGCCGAAGGAGAGGAGACGGAUGAUGAACAACUCAAUGAAAAAACUAUGAAUGAAGAGGAUGCUGCGCUCGACGUAACACCUUCAAAAGAAGAAAUGGAUCAGGAAAUGGCCGAAGCGUAUGAAACGCAUAAACUCACUGUGAUCCAGGAACAUAGUUGGAUCUGUGAUUAUGAUUUCGAUAGCACUGGAUUCCUUAGUUGCACAGUCACGCUAUCGGUUCCGCUGUUUGUCGAAAAGGUGGAUCUAUCAAGUUCUUUAAAAAAGUGGGCCGAGUCUUCUGUUGUGCACCACGUGAUGAAAAUCAAGCGUGCUUUUGUUGUUGCCCCGGAGUCUGAUAAUGGCGACAUCAUUAUCAAAACAGACGGUGUUAACAUUCAGGCUAUGUUCGAUUACGCCGGCAUUCUGGAUUUAAAUCGGCUCUACACGAACGAUAUUCACGAGGUGGCCAAACACUACGGUGUCGAGGCUGCCUCCCGUGUAAUCGUCAAGGAAGUGAACAACGUGUUCAAAGUGUACGGAAUCACCGUAGAUCAUCGCCAUUUGAGCUUGAUUGCAAGUUUCAUGACAUCAGGCGGAAGUUACCGGCCGUUCAGCCGUCACGGAAUGGCCGACUGCACUUCGCCGUUUCAACAGAUGAGCUUCGAAACGGCUACGGAAUUUUUGAAGAACGCCACGCUUCAAGGCAAAACUGAUUUUUUGAAGACCCCAUCUUCGCGUCUCAUUAUGGGACUUCCAGGUUGCGAAGGAACUGGAUCUUUUAAUUUAAUGGCUAAGCUGUAUUAAAAUGGAAAUUAAAUGAGAAUUGAACAGAAUCAUUUAAUUUCAUGGCUAAGCUUUGGAAAUUUAAUGGAAAUUACAUAUAAUGUUUGAAUAAAUUUCAAAUUGAAUCCGAA